AUGGAAAAAGCCAUCCGGUGGUCCCCCACCUCCACGACAGGCGAACAACGCUUCCUCUCCGUGGACGUGACGGGAAAAGCCUUCCGAUUGUGCAAGGUAACCUCAUAUGAGCGCGGCGGCCGUCUAGAGCAUGAAGAGCUAGCGACGCAUACGAAAGUGCCCGCGUUCCGGGCGUUCGAUUGGUCACCGGUGGAUGAAUCGUUGGUCGCGGUGGGCCAGUCGUCCGGGGAUGCGACGAUUCUGCGCAUGAAGAGCGAUAGUCAGGAAUCGUACUCGUUUCCGAUUCGACAUCAGCGGUACUGUAAUGCGGUUGCGUUUAGUACGCAUGGGUUGCUGGCUGCGGGACUGGACCGGGUGCGCAAUGACUUCUGUUUGAACAUCUGGGAUGUUAAUCAGAGGUUGGCGAGUAAGGCUGUGAAGGGGUUUGUGGAGCCGUUGAGGAAGUUGGCCAGUUCGGAACCGAUAACUAGUGUGAAGUUCUUUAGUGAUCAGCCGGAUACGUUGGUUACGGGAGUGAAGGGGCAGUUUGUGAGGAUCUAUGAUUUGAGAGAGGGACCUGGAAACCCGUCGCUGCAAUUUCCUACUCGCUGCGUGCAUAACAUUGCUAUUGACUGGCUCGAUGAGAAUUAUAUCGCGUCUUGUCAGGCUACUAAUGACCCGACUAUCUGUAUCUGGGAUCGGCGCAUUGGGUCGCGCUUCAUUACGCCGGCUGUUGGGCCGGCAAAUGCCCUGGAGACGAGCCAGCUGGGGCCGUCGCUGGAGUUUGGGAAUGUCAUUGCUCCCAAGUCGACUAUCUGGAGUUUGCGCUUCUCUAGGACCAAGAGGGGCUGCUUGGGUGUGCUAUCCAAUACGGGGCAUUUCAAAACCUACGACAUUGUCAAGGAGUAUCUGGACGAGGAGAUGCGCUCGUCCAUGGAUGAGACCCUGGGGCAGGGCGCGGCGAGGAACUACCCCGAGCAGAUCUACACCAAGCACGUCCGAGAUGUUGUUACGCCUUACAACCAUCCGUCUCGGGGGUACGAUGAGACGGACAGGGUUGUGGCAUAUGACUUUCUCAAUAUGAGUCCGGGCAAUGAGCCCAGCGCCAUUACGAUUUCCGGCAACGAUGAAGUGAAGAUUCUCACUGCGAAGCCUCCAGCGCCGCCCGUGCGGCUUUCGUCGCAGGGAACAUUGAUAUGGGGUACCACAGAUGAGGACUCUGAUUUCCGAGCGAUCAAUCCCCAGUCCAGUCACGGGUUGAGCAUUUUGGAGAUGGUGGAAGACCUCCGCGAACGAGCAACAUCUGAGUCGAAUGGGCAGGCUUCGCAGAAAGGACGCCGGGCCGUCAACCGGCCAGCGACACCUUUGUCGAGCCGUGAGGCCAGAGAACAUGCCUUGUCAUUGGGGACCUUGGGCGGUCGGCUGCCUGUGAAGGAUGCUCUGACUCUGUUGUCGGUGAACCGGUUUCGCUGCAAAGAAGGCUAUCUGUUUGACGAGGCACGGAACAAGAAGAUACUUGCUGAUGACCCGUGGCUGCAGGGCUUCUGGGAUUGGGUUGAACGCGCACGUUCCGACUCUAGUAACGAAUCUAUGAUUAUCAACGGGCUGGAUCUGAAUUACCUGGGCGUUUACGAUGUCUGGAACAAUGACUUAGGAGAGAGUCUCCAUGACCGACGAGUCGGCGGCAACCCGGCAUCCGACAUUCACGAAACCAUCGUGGAGCUGGUUCAGGAUCAACUCAAUCUCCCCGAGACGAAAGGCUGCGAGACUGAAUACCCCGAGCAUCGCCGGCUGUGCCUGCGACUGUGCGGCGCGGCGCAAUCGCACCGGGAGCUAGAAGAGAUGGUCAAGACAUUGUCUGCUGACAAGCAGCACACCAAGGCCGCUGCGCUGGCCAUGUUCCAAGACGAAGCGAAACUCGCGUAUCUGGCUCUGCGGAGCCACGAGCCCACCCAAGCUCACAAACUCCUCGCCAUGGCUAUUGCUGGAGCCGCGAAAGGCGACACCGACUCAGACUGGGAAGACACCUGCGCCGAGAUCGCAAAGGAGCUUACUGAUCCUUACGCGCGAGCGAUUCUCGCGCUCGUGAGCAAGGGCGACUGGCGUUCUGUCAUCCAGGAGACCACCCUUCCGCUCAGAUACCGGAUCGAGGUAGCGCUGCGCUGGCUGCCAGACGACGACCUGACGAGCUAUCUCCACGAAACCACUACCACUGCCAUUCAGCAAGGCGAUAUUGAAGGUAUCCUCCUGACCGGACUCAAAAACUCCGCCAUGGACCUAUUCCAAUCCUAUAUCAACAAGUACCACGACAUCCAAACGGCCGUACUAGCAAUGAGCCACACCGUCCCGCGCUUCAUCAGCACCUCACCCGACCGCGCACGCUUCGAAUCCUGGCGCGAGACCUACCGCCAGCAGAUCAACGCAUGGAAACUGCAACUGGAGCGCGCACGCUUCGACGUCGGCUCCCGCAAGUUCGCCGUCACCUGGGACGGACGCAAACUAGUCGACCCGCCCCGCCAACAAGUCAGUCUCACCUGCAAUUACUGUACACGACCACUCACGCAGCACGACGCUUCCUCACAACUGACACCCUCGGUGACGGGCGAAGUUACACACCCGACGCCAGGCAAUCCCCUGGGCAGCGCCGCCAUGUCCGGCACCGUGUGUCCCCGCUGCGGACGCCAUAUGCCGCGGUGCGGAGUAUGCACGCUAUGGCUAGGAGCGCCAGACCCGAUGUCCAAGGCUUGUGUGGCGGCAGAUGCGGCGGGACGGCGGCCAUCUGAGACGGAACUGAUGCGGCGGUUUAUAGUGUUCUGCAUCAAUUGCAACCAUGGGUUCCAUGCGCAUCAUGCGCGGGAGUGGUUUGCGCGGCAUAAGGUGUGUCCGGUGGCGGAGUGUAGUUGUAUUUGUGAUCGGUGA